AUGACUGUCACUCCGCUGCCGACGUACUCGUCCUAUGCCAUACCAAACUCAGCGUUGACAAAGCAGCUGAAGUUGCAGCGCCACCCUGAAGGAGGGUAUUUUGUAGAGACUGAUCGUCAGGACGAACAGAUACCGUCCCCUUUCGCCGACCAGGCACUCCGACCGCUCGCAACGUCGAUCUACUACCUGUUGACGCCUGAAGAACCCAAUGGAGUGUUCCACAUGAACAAGUCUGCAACGAUGCACGUUCUCCAUCAAGGCCGUGCCGAGUACACUCUGAUAACUCCCGGUAGUCCGCCGAGGAUCGAGCGCAAGGUGAUGGGUCCGAACAUCCACGCCGGGGAGACCAUGCAGCUUUUGGUGGGGAGCGGAGUGUGGAAGAUGUCGCGGCUGCUCACAGACGACCUGAAGAGGGCGUCGACCCCUGAGGCGGAGGAACACUGCGGCUGCUUGAUCACCGAAGUCGUCUUCCCCGGCUUCCACUGGGAAGAUCACUGCUAUCUCUCCAGAGAGGAGUUCGACAAGCUUUGGGGCGAACUGGAUCCACCGCAAGGCCUACUAGAGUACAUCAGGACUAGCUAG